CUUCAGUCUGACACAGACAGUCAGCGACCGAGUGGACGGACAGCUGGAGAUUGGCUAUGAAGCUGUUUCCUGUCCAUUCAAUACUUUGGUCCAGUUUGCUGGUUUUGUGUGCCUCACAAAAUGAUAUAUGUCCUCUUUUAACAGAGGCAGAGGAUCCGGAUGUCUGUGAGGGUGAAUAUAUCCAUGGUGAUCACUAUUCACACAGUCCUCCAGAGCAAGACUAUAAUGUAGAGGAGGCUGAGGUGGAUGAGAACUUUGGCUGCCUCCUUUACCCAACAAAUGUUCUCAACUGCUCCUGGUCAUUUCCCACUUUACAGAAAGAUACUCAGCUCUUUGUCAUGAUCAGUGUGUGUGAUUAUCAUGAAGUGGGUCACGCUCUGAACCUUUCGUCUGUGGAGAGAGUCGGAUCGAUGUCUUCCAUUCUGCACGUGCAUGAGGAGUUGAAUGUAAUUCUCCGUUUUAACAUAACCCUGCUCGACAAGUGGACAGUCUACACCUACCCUUACGACAUCAACAUGCUAGAGGUCCUGCCUCCACCCCAAAACAUUUCUGCAUCAUUCGUAAAUGGAAACCUGUUAGUGACAUGGAGUAAGCCCCACAGUCGUGUACAUCUUGAACCCCUUUGCUUUGAAUACCAACUAGACAUGGGUGACCAGGAAAAAUCCAAAGACCUAAUCGAGACGCUGACACAUACAGAACCCAAUUUAGAUCCUACCAGCACCUACAACGUGAGGAUUAGAACCAAAACGAGGAGUUUAUGCCGAGAAUCUUCUCAGUGGAGUGACUGGAGUCACGCCAUCACGGUGAAACAGUCAACAGCGUUGAGUUACAAGCUCAACACUGUGGUGAUCAUCUCAAUUUCACUUGGAAUACCUAUGAUCCUCCUGGCUGGGCUGCUGCUGGUGCGCAAUCAGAGGAUAUCUAAGGUUCUGUUUCCUCAGAUUCCUUGCCCCCCGCCAAAGUACAAAUAUUUCCUGGAAAAAAACGACACAUUCAAUCUCUUCCACCCUGCCCCAUCAGCUGUGCCUGUAGAGGAGAUCACAGAGGUGGAGGACACAGAGCAAAAGCCUCGAUCAAUAUGAUAAAAACUAUAUGUGAAAGACACAUUCAUAAAACAUUAAAUUUUGGUUUUAUUUUGCUAAUGUCUUUUAUAGCCUUAGCCUGCACAGAAAGUUUUGUUCAAGUUGUUUAUGACUUAAUAGUAUACCAAUAUGAAGGCAAAACACGCUGAGGAUCACAAGAAGAUUUUGCUCUGCUUGGUCAUGGACUUGUUAUUACUGAAACCAAGGGAAUAUGUCAGUUGGGGAGUUUUGAUGAAAUACUUUAGCUUUAUCUGAACUAGCUGAUGAGCUGGUUCUGAAAUGUAUACCUUUUUGCUGUGAAUAAAGAUUAGCGAUGCACUAUAAUAUCAUGUGCUCAUUUAAA